AUGUUCGGGUCUUUCGCGAUGGUUCAGCCAAAGAUCCCCGCCAAGAUGAAGUCCUCCGUUGUUUUGCUAGCAGCUACUGCGUCUGUCGCCAGCGCUCACUACACACUCCCAAGCAUCAACGGUGCCGGAGCCUGGACUAGUGUUCGUCAAGCCAAGAACUGGCAGGACAAUGGAUUCGUCGGCAACGUGCAAAGCAACGACAUCCGCUGCAACCAGCUUAAAGCAGGAACAGCGACCACCACUGUUGCUGCUGGCUCGAACGUAAAGGUCAGCGUCAACCCGAACGCUUACCACCCAGGUCCCUUCCAGUCGUACCUUGCCAAAGUACCAGAGGGCGCAGAUAUCAACACCUGGGACCCUACCGGCGCCGUCUGGUUCCGAAUCUACGCCGAACAGCCCAAGUUCGGUUCCCAGUUGACCUGGCUGAGCGCUGCCACCUACGACAUCAAGAUCCCUCAGUGCAUUGCACCUGGAAAAUACCUGAUGCGCAACGAGCACAUCGCCAUCCACACUGCUCAGAGCGUAGGCGGAGCCCAGUUCUACCUGUCUUGCGCACAGAUUGAGGUUACUGGCGGCGGCAGCAAGGCGCCCUCGAACCUCGUCGCGUUCCCUGGCGCGUACAAGGCUACCGACCCGGGUAUCCAGAUCAACAUCAACUACCCUAUUCCUACAAGCUACACCAACCCCGGCCCGCCUACUUUCACAUGCUAG